AUGAAUGUUCGUCACAAAAUCACAAUACCACCACUCAACGACGGAGAAUCCUUCCCAGAACGGCACAUCGGCCCUAACCUGCCAGCCAUAGAUGAAUGGUUUCGGGAUGAAACCCAUAUUGCCGCUUCAUUAUGGCGCCCAAACGGAACGAUAGCCACAAGAUCGCUCAGGGCGACUUCAGAUGGACCCGCAGGCCGCGAGAAGAUGGGACAAAGCUUGGAGGCGGCCAAAAUAUUGAGCAACAACCUGCAACAAUAUAGCACAGGAGAAAAUAGGCUUCAUGGCGACUUUCGUGCGCAGAGCCUACCAUCUUCGUCGACGAUGGAAUGGACGCAAGACAACAUACAACGGGGAGGGCCAUCUGGUGACGAGGAAGACCCGGAACCAACGACGUCCGAUUUCAUCACCGUCUUGAAUCUCAUAGGCCAGAUGAAGAAGCAGCCGAGUGAUUUGGUGCCCCACAGUAAAUAUACUGUAUCCCGGGCCAGGCGAAUUUAA